AACUGAAAUAUUUAAAAAAAAACAUGGCGACUAACAUAUUAUUUGCACUUGUACGUGAGUUUUAAUUCUAGAUUUCUUCUCAUAUAUAAUCAAUUGAAUAUUCAAACUCAUUUAUCUCUUUUUCGAGUUAAAAUUAAUUGAAAAUGAGUGUUGAUGCCUAUGGGCCGAGUUCCCAGACUUUAACCUUUCUAGACACCGAAGAAACUGACUUAAUUGGUGCUGAUACUCAAGGAUCGGAAUUCGAUUUUACUGAUUUCACUCUUCCUUCUCAGAGCCAAACUCAAGCAUCGCAAUUGGACUCAGUGCAGGGACAAAAUCAGGUGAACGGUAAAUUGAACGGAGAUGUCGCAGAUAACAAUGUGGUGUCCACAGCUCAGAAGCUGUCAGAGCUACAGUUCGAGGAAGAUGAGGAGGAAGCCUUCUAUAACAAGGAAUUGCCUGCAUUUGCGUGCAAGUACUGUGCCAUCCAUGAUCCAUCAUGUGUUGUGAUGUGCAACAUUUGCAAGAAAUGGUUCUGCAAUGGCCGGGGAAACACUUCUGGUUCACACAUCAUAAAUCACCUAGUACGGGCCAAACACAAGGAGGUGACCCUGCACAAGGAUGGACCCCUGGGAGAGACGGUGCUGGAGUGCUACUCGUGUGGUGUGCGCAAUGUCUUCGUUCUGGGAUUCAUUCCAGCCAAGGCCGACUCGGUGGUGGUGCUGCUCUGCCGGCAGCCAUGCGCCGCCCAGAACUCGCUCAAAGAUAUGAACUGGGACCAGGAACAGUGGAAACCGCUGAUCGCCGAUCGCUGCUUUUUGUCGUGGCUGGUGAAGAUCCCCAGCGAGCAGGAGCAGUUGCGGUCGCGACAGGUGAAUGCAACUCAGAUCGCCAAACUGGAGGAAUUGUGGCGAGACAACGCCGAGGCCACGCUUAGUGAUCUGGAGAAGCCCGGCGUCGAUGAAGAGCCGCAGCAGGUUCUGCUCAGAUAUGAAGACGGGUACCAGUACCAAAACAUCUUCGGUCCGCUGGUGAAGCUGGAGGCGGACUACGACAAGCGGCUGAAGGAGUCGCAGACCCAGGAGAAUGUCGAUGUGCGCUGGGAUGUCGGCCUCAACAAAAUGACUAUCGCUUACUUCAACCUCGCCAAGACUGACGGCGAUAUGAAGCUGAUGCAUGGUGAUGAACUGCGCUUGCGUUAUCUGGGCGAAAUGCACAAGCCUUGGUCGGGAGUGGGCCACGUCAUCAAGAUACCCGACAACUUUGGCGAAGAGGUCGGCAUUGAGCUGAAGAGCUCCAGCGGUGCACCCACCCAGUGCACGUCCCACUUUGUCGUCGACUUUAUCUGGAAGUCGACAUCUUUCGACCGGAUGCAGCUGGCACUUCGCAAGUUCGCCGUGGAUGACAACUCUGUGUCCAGCUACAUCUACCACCGCCUCCUGGGGCACGAUGUCGACGAGGUGCUGUUCCGCUGCCACCUGCCCAAGCACUUCUCCGCACCCAACCUGCCCGAUCUCAACCGCUCACAGGUGUACGCGGUGAAGCACGCACUGCAACGGCCGUUGUCGCUCAUCCAGGGUCCACCGGGCACCGGCAAAACGGUCACCUCGGCCACCAUUGUCUAUCAGCUGGUCAAACAAAAUGGCGGACCGGUGCUCGUCUGCGCUCCCUCCAACAUAGCCGUGGACCAGCUCACCGAGAAGAUACAUCGCACCUCGCUCAAGGUUGUCCGAGUAUGCGCCAAAUCGCGUGAAGCAAUUGAUUCUCCCGUUUCAUUCCUGGCUCUACACAAUCAGAUCAGAAACAUGGACUGCAACACAGAGCUGCAGAAGCUGCAGCAGCUGAAAGACGAGACGGGUGAACUGUCGUCAGUGGACGAGAAGCGGUAUCGGCUGUUGAAGAAGGCCAGCGAACGGGAGCUGCUCGACUCGGCCGACGUGGUGUGUUGCACGUGUGUGGGGGCCGGCGACCCGCGGCUGUCUCGGCUCAAGUUCCACUCGAUUCUAAUCGACGAGAGCAUGCAGGCCACUGAGCCCGAGUGUAUGGUUCCCGUCAUACUCGGCGCCAAACAGUUGAUACUUGUGGGCGACCACUGCCAACUGGGUCCCGUGGUGAUGUGCAAGAAGGCGAGUCGCGCAGGUCUGUCGCAGUCUCUGUUCGAGCGACUGGUCGUGCUGGGCAUACGACCGUUCCGCCUCGAGGUCCAGUACCGUAUGCACCCCGAGCUCAGUCGUUUCCCCUCCAACUUCUUCUAUGAGGGAUCGCUCCAGAACGGGGUCUGUGCUGAUGAGCGUAAACUGGCGAAAAUGGACUUUCCGUGGCCAGUGGUGGACAAGCCAAUGCUGUUCUACGUGACCCAAGGCCAGGAGGAGAUAGCCGGCUCGGGCACGUCCUAUCUCAACCGCACCGAAGCGGCCAACGUCGAAAAGCUGACUACGCGUUUUCUACGCUGCGGCGUCAAGCCCGACCAGAUCGGCGUCAUUACGCCCUAUGAGGGCCAGCGAGCCUACUUGGUGCAAUACAUGCAGUACCAGGGUACACUGCCGUCUAAGCUCUACCAGCAGAUGGAGGUGGCAAGUGUGGACGCCUUCCAGGGCCGCGAGAAGGACUUGAUCAUCAUGUCGUGCGUGCGCAGCAACGAGCACCAAGGCAUUGGCUUCCUCAACGACCCGCGGCGUCUCAACGUGGCACUCACACGAGCCAAGUACGGCAUCAUCAUUGUCGGCAAUCCCAAAGUGCUUUCCAAGCAACCGUUGUGGAACCAUCUGCUGAAUUUCUACAAAGAGCAGAAGGUGCUGGUGGAGGGACCCCUGACCAAUCUGAAGGAGUCGAUGAUCCAGCUGUCCAAACCGAAGCAGCUGGUGAACGCCGCCAACCCGGGCACCCACUUCAUGUCGACGACCACCUACGACGCGCGCGAAGCCAUGAUUCCCGGCAGCAUCUACGACCGAUCGGGGAAUACGUCUGCGCCGUCUGCUCCACACUACAUGCCACGGCCAGGUGCUGGGGCGGGGCCAGGUUUGGACCUGUUUGCACGCACACAUGACCCGAUCAGCUACAUUUCGCCAGAGCGCGCCCAAGCCAGUCUGGGCAACCUGCCUGUGCCAGUUGGCAUGUUCAUGAACAUGUCUCACAUUCCGCCCCGAUUCUACAAUCAGCAUCAGCAGGCAUUGCAAGCUCGUCAAUCUCAGCAGGCAGUUGGCGGCGGGAUGUCGGGGGCGGGAGGCCGCCAGAUGAGACGUAAUGGCCGGAUGGGUGCUGCCGGGGGGGCAGCGAAGGGCAACAAGGGGGCGACCCACAACAGUCAGGAUGUCAGCACGCAGCCCGGCUUCAGUCAGGCUGGAAUCACUCAGGCUAUGUCACAGAACAUGUCGCAGGGCGGCGUGGGGGGCGGGAGCCUGUCGCAAGGAUUGGCGCAGGGCGGGCUGGGCGGCCUGGGUGACCUGUCGCAGCCGGACAACUUCCUGGUCGGCGAAUUCCACUCGCAGAUGGACGGCCUCCUGUCGCAGGACUCGACCUACCAGGGCGACCGCUAUCCCACCAACGUCCAGCCGCCGCAUUAUUCACAGCCCUACUGAUUAGCAGCCGUGACGUCACCUGACUGUGGGAGCAGUUGGUUGCCAAAUUGAAGAUGGCCUUCACCGAACAUUUCCACAAAUCGACAUCAAUCGGCUGGCGUGGAGAGAGAGUGAGAGAGCGACAGUCAACGCUGGACUCCUGUCGGUGGAGCAACAAGGAGGAGAAGAAGGAGAAAUAGUAGGGGAGAGCAAACCAAUUUCGAAGGGAACGAAAAUUACAGAAAUGCGACAAUGAUGACCUGAGAUAGUAAAUCAAUAUCGGAACGACUAUUGACUAAAUAAGAGUAGAAACCGAUACGAAUCGAGGAAAACAAUUAACAACAUUGUAAAUUCACUGCAGGCAGUAAAUGCUUUAAAAUAAUUCAAA